AUGGGGGCUCUGCACUUGACCUUGGCUGCGCAGCGCGUUUUGGCUGCGGGUUUGCUGGUGGAGGUUUUGGCAGAAAGUGCUGCUGCAGCAGAACACUUCGAUUUGCUGCAGACGCUGCAGCAAAUAGCGCGCUUCGUGCCGCCGCAGGAGCCGCAGCAGCAGCCCGCAGCAAAGCCCAGCAGCAGCAGCAGCAGCAGCAGCAGCAAGAAGGGCUUCCUUGGCUCCCUCCUCUGGGGCCGCUCCCUCUCCCGCAUGGUGUGGGGGCCCCCCGAGGGGGGCCCCCGCGGGGACCUGGGGGGCCCCUGUGAUGACAGGGGCCCCCGGGGGGCCCUCUGUGCCCGCGGGGGAGAUAUUGCUGCAUGCGUUAUUCAGGCCAAUCCAGACAAGGGGUACUCUCGGGUGUGCAGCGAGUUGCUACCUUUUUUCGAAGGGCUGCUGCAUGCAGCAGCAGACAUGCAGACUGUGAAGGCAGCAGCUGACGCAAUUCUUUUGAUUGGCACACACUUGAGGCCCAGCGAACGGCUGACUUACUUGCUGCCCGUGGGGCUGCGGCUGAGCCAGUGUACAGACACCCUGCGCCUCCGGUGUCUGUCGCCAGUCUUUUUGCAUUUGCUGUCUUCUUUAUUUGCUGCUGACUUGCGGCGGCAUUUGCUGCUGCCGCAGCUGCUUUUUCUUGCCAGAGAAGACGCAGAGCCUUACGUCAGGGCCCUGGCGCUGCGGCACUUGGCCGCGAUGUCCCCUGGUCUGGGUGAGGAAGCUGUUCAAGGCCGGGUUUUGCCGCUGCUGCUGCGGGCUCAAUCUGUUGCUUCUGAGCUCGGCAAAGAGGAGCGAACUGCUGCUACUGCUUCCAUGUUUGACCUUGCAAAGUCUGUUUCUCCUGGAACGCGCCUGACGGCUUUGUUGCCUGCGCUUCUUCAGUUGCUGAAAGACCCAGAGCCCUGCGUGCGCUUGGCAGCAAAACAGCAGAUAUGCUUCUUCUUAACUUCCGUUGCACAGUUCUUGGAUCCUGCUGCUGCUGCUGCUGCUAUUCAGCAGCAGCAGCUGCAGCACGGCGAGCUGUACAUGGGUAGUCGGAAAGACAAGCAACAGAAGGUCCAAUACUCGCAGCAGCAGCGAGAGCAACAAGAGCAGAAAAACCAAAAUGAAGAAGACAUACCCAAACGAGAAGAUGAGCAGCCUCGAGAACAAGGCCAGCAGCAGCAGCAGCAGCAGCAACAGCAAGACGCAGCAGGACCGGAGGAACCAGCUUAUUCUGAAGGCAGCCGCAGCAACAGCAGCAGCAGCCUCACGCACUCUCACAGAAAUGCAGCUCAGGAGGUGCGUGGCGCAGCAGCAGAAGCAGCAGCAACAGGCACAACGCCCUCAGAAGCAACAGCAGCAGCAGCAGCAGCAGGCUCCCAGCCACCCGCAGGGGCUGCGGACGAAAGCUCAGAAGCAGCAGCAGCAGCAGCAGCGCAGCAAGCAGCACCUGAACUGGCACAACCCGCAAGAGAGUCUGCAAAAGCGCCAGCAGGGGCAGCGGCAGCAGCGGAGGAGUCCGCAGCAACAGCACCAGCAGAAGCAGCAGCAGCAGCAGCAGCGGCAGCUACAGCAGAUUUGCAUGCGCUGCUAAGGGAGUACAGAGCCCUGACAGAAUUUGGACCAACUGUAGAAGAGCUGGAUGGCCAAGCUUUAUUUCCUUUUGGAGAUGCUGCACAUGUCAUCUCAGACGAGGCCUUUUCUGUUGCUGCUGAAGUUGAACCCCCCGUUGGCUGCCACUGCACAGUCUGCCAAGUUGUGAAAAGACGGGGGGUCGUAAUGGCUGGGGAGGGGGCCCUCAUGGGAGGCCCCUUUACAGACAGUGCAGCGGCAGCAGCAGCAGCAGAAAUGGGGGCAGGCAUGCUGCUGCCGAUGUUCAUUCAGCAGCAGCAGCAGCAGCAGCAGCCGAACAGCAGCAGCAGCAAGAGGCCGCAGCAGCAGCAGCAAAAAUUGCCUGACGUUAUGAAUUUGUUGUUGCUGCAGCCGUGGGAGAAGCAGCAGCAAGAGAAGCAGCAGCAGCAGCAGAAGCAGCAAGGAGACAACGCGCACUGCAGCAACUGCGCUGAGGAGCGGCGGCUCCGCGAAGCUGAAUUCUCAGAUGCGGCGCGGCGGCUCCUGCACGACAGCAGCGCCAUCAGGCUUGCGGCGAUAAAGACGGCGGGGCUGUUGGCGCGGCCUCUUCCGACUUCUUCUCGGCGCGAGAUAGUCGGGUGUUUAUUAUCUGCAUGCGAAUCUUCGGGCCAUCAGUUUUCCAUUCGGCUUAUUGCUGCUCAGCAGCUGCCUCUUUUAUUCGAUUUGAAAGACCGCCAACUCCGCGAGCUUCUUCUCGCCCUUGCCUUCUCGCUGCUGGAAGACCCUGUGGCUUUGGUGCGGCGGACUGCUUGCCGCUGCAUCCCUUCGCUGAUAAAGUGCUGCUGCCCUUCUUUGCUGAACCUUCCGGAGCCGCUGCCGCCUGUUGAAGUCUUGAUGCAGCAGUACGCAGCAAGCAAGAGCAGCAGCAGUGCCAGCAGCAGCAGCAGCAGCAGCAGCAAUGGCACCAGCGGCGGAGUACCUUCUCCACAGUUAGUUUGUGCAGCCAAGGGCCUGCUUUUGACGGAGAAGGACAAGGAAGUGCAGCAGCAGCUCCGCUGCUGCUGCAUGCACGAUGACGCAGAGCUUUGCGUCUCUGAUGGCUUUGACUUGGAGGACCUCCAGGCCUGCUGCAGCAACAGCGACAGCAGGAGCAGCAGCGACACCAGCAGCAACGACAGCGGCUGCAGCCGGCAGCAGGAGCAGGCAGUCCUGCACUCCGAGGAUGAGCUAGGACUCCGGACAAGGGAGCAGCAGCAGCAGCAGCAGCAGCAGACGCAGCUGCUCGAAGACACACAGAAGCAGCAACUUCGGCGUAAGUUGCUGCAGCGCCACAAGCUCAGGCUGCAGGGUGUACGUACACUUGAAUGUGGUGCGUGUGCAACUGCUGUGUUUGCUGCAGCUGCUGUGCCCGCAGCUGCUAUUUCUUUGGAGCUGGCAGCAGCUGUUGAAGAAGCCCUUGAGCAGCAGAAGAUGCAAGAAGCAGCAGCAGCAGCAGCAGCAGCAACAACGGACUGCGCAGAGGGCGCAGCGGCAGAUGCCGCAUCAGCCGAGACAGCAGCAGCAGCGCGUGCUGCUGCCCCGGCUGCUGCUCCUGGCUUCGAAGGCGAAGUCCCGAAGCACAGAGCAGCAGCACCAGCAGCAGCAGCAGCAAACGGAGCAGCAACGGCAGAAGAUGCAGAAGCAGCAGACACAGACCCGAGAAGACCCGACCCUGCGCUGCUGCUGCCCCGCAACUUGAGGUGUACAGACACUGCAAGAGGGCGCCGCGUUGCUUCUUGUGAACCCCCAGGCGCUGCAGCAGCAGCAGCAGCUGCUGCUGCUGCAGGAACGAGAAGCCACAGUUCCUCUCCCGUCAGGUGCACGGACUUUGCUGCUGCUGCUGCUGCAGUUGCAGCAAGGCAAGCCCGGCUCAGCAGCGAGUGGCCGAGCAGCAGCAGCAACCGGAGCAGCAAGAGCAGCAAGGGCAGCAGCAGAAGCAGCAAAAGUAAAAGCGACAGAUUGUCACUUGCCGUUUGCUCAUUAGAAAACAAAAACAAAAGGACUUUGGACCCCCCCAGGGGGCCCCUCAAGGGGCCCCCCAGGGGCCCCCUCAAGGGGGGCCCCCAGCUGUCCCCUGGCAGCAGAACAGAGCCAUUUAGAGACAGGACAGAAGAUGCUUUGGAUUUGCUGCUGGGGCUGCCGAGGCCCGGGAGAGACAAGGAUGCAGCAGCAGCAGCAGCUGCUGCUGCUGCUGUUGCUGCCGAAGCCUCAGCAGCAGAGACCCUGGAGAUUGUGGAGCAAAGGGCGGGGCUCUUCUGGGACAGCGCCAUUCACCAGCAGCAGCAGCAGCAGCAGCAGCAGCAGCAGCAGCAGAUAGGAGAAGCAGAAGCAUCUUUCUGGACCCGCUCAAUCCCCACUUGUUCAGAGGAGGGCCCCACAGGCACUGGGGGCCCCCAAGGGGACUCUGUAGAUCCCCUGAGGGGCUUUCAAUAUUCUUUUGCGGCAGUGGCGCCGCCAGAGGGGCCCCCAGGGGCCCCCAAGAGGGAAUCUCACUCCGAUGGGGGCCCUCCAGGAGCGUCGUCUACAGACACUAAAGAUAUUGUCUUUUUAUAG